AUCUGCUCUGUGCUUUAAUCUGCAGAAUCAUCGUGGAUAGAAUCGACGACAACAAAGAUGGUUUUGUCUCAGAGGAGGAGCUGGAGCUGUGGAUCAGGAAUGUCCAGAACCGACACAUGUAUGAGAAUGUGGAACAUCAGUGGCACGAGUUUGACCUGAAUAACGAUGGCCUGAUCAGCUGGGAGGAGUACAGGAACGUGACCUAUGGCAGCUAUCUGGAGGGUCCUCUGACUGAGAGGGAGUAUAACUACACCAACAUGAUGUCGAGGGACGAGAGACGCUUCAAAGUGGCAGACAGUAAUGGAGACAUGAAUGCAGACAAGCCAGAGUUUAUGGCUUUUCUUCAUCCAGAGAACCAUGAACACAUGAAGGAAGUGGUGGUGCAGGAAACGAUGGAAGACAUAGACAAGAACGGCGAUGGAUUCAUUGACCUGAAAGAAUACAUUGGUAAGGACACAGCUGUCCAUCACUCCUUGAAAGCAGGUUAAGAACAAGUCGGACCUUCAUACUGAUCUCUCCAAGCUGCAGUCAUGCGGUCAUGUAUUG